CCUGGCAGCAAAGCAGCCAUGGCAAACCUGUGCCCAGGAGAUAUUAUUCUGGCAAUUAACGGAGAGAGCACGGAGAACAUGACACACCUAGAAGCACAGAACAAGAUCAAAGCAUGCAUGGACCAGCUCCUGCUCUCCGUGAACAGAGCCGAAGGGAAGACCUGGUCACCCCCUGUUCUGGAAGAUGGCAAGGCUCAAGCGUACCGGAUCAACGUCGAGCCGGAACCGCAGGACAAUGGGCCGGCCCAGAGCAGGAGGGCGAUGCCCCACGGGGCUGGGGGCAGCCCCAUGGACAAGCAGCAGAUGCUGAAUGUGCAGCAUCACCCCCCGACCCGGCUCUGUGCUGGCAGCGGCUCCGAGUUGGCUCUGCCGGGCCAGCUGAGCGGGCUCCACAUCGCUCCUGCCCAGAGCCUGGACCCCGUGAAGUCUCUCCCACGGAACAGAAAUGGGAUUGACGUGGAGUCGGAUGUCUACAAGAUGCUUCAGGAUUAUGAAAAGCCCGUUUCGGAGCCUAAGCAGUCUGGGUCCUUCCGAUACUUGCAGGGCAUGUUGGAGGCAGGCGAGAACGGUGAAAAACUCGACAAACUGAGCAACCCCCGAAACAUCAAGUCCCCAGUGUCAAAGCUUGGGGGUGCCAUGUCCGGGCUGCAGAUGCUCCCCGAGUGCACCCGCUGCGGGAACGGGAUCGUGGGCACGAUCGUCAAAGCUCGGGACAAGCUCUACCACCCCGAGUGCUUCAUGUGCGACGACUGUGGCCUCAACCUGAAGCAGCGAGGGUAUUUCUUCAUCGAAGAGCAGCUGUACUGCGAGACGCACGCGAAGGAGAGGGUUAAGCCCCCCGAGGGAUAUGACGUGGUGGCUGUUUAUCCAAACGCUAAAGUUGAACUUGUCUAA